UUUAUCCACAACUGGAGUCAUAAACACAGAAUUGAGCUGUCCUACUCCUAAACCAUCAUAGCCGAGCUUCAAGCGUUCCAGAGAGUGCAGUGUAAGGCCAUGGCCUUUGCUAUUUCCAAUCCAACUUCCAUUGCUUCUUCAGUGUCACCAUCGCUACUUAAAUCGCAGACCCAAGCGAGAGCAAGGACUAAUUCAUGGCGUCUUAACACCCACCAUUUAAACUCACAGGUUGUUUCCCGGUUAAAAAGUGAGGGCGGUGGUCGCCGUGUUUGGCGCCGGAGAAAAUUGGCGAAGAAGGAUGAAAUGUUGCAGUACAAGUUGGAGAGGAUGCCGUUCUUAGAGGAGCAAGUUCGGAAGAUAAGGGAAGGAGGGAAACUGUUGACGAUGGACAUUGAGAGACUGUUGCUAUCUGAGGACAAUCGUUUUGAUUUUGUGAAUGAUGUAGCGGCUGAGGCCAAAGAAUAUGUUGAGAAUAACCGGGAUGAAUAUGGAGGUUCGAAGAAAGCUAUACUUCAUGUGCUUAGUAACCGUGUCAAUGAUUCGGGGUUUUACCGGCCGGAUGCUUAUGCCGAAUCUGACCCUUUCAAGCCUGGACCUACUUAUUUGAAGGAAGAAUUUACAUAAAAGGUUUUAAAGGUAACAUAUGUGUUUUAAGACUGUAAUAGGUUGAAUGCUAGUGUACAUGAUGAUCAAGAUUUUCUUCCUUUGAAACAUUUCAUGUCUAAAUGGUUUAAUUGGCUAAGUAUCAAAUUUUAAACUUGAAAUCA